GUGUCGAGGAUAAACCGCCGAGCAGCACACCACGCGAGGAUAAUUAACCGUUUGUGUCCUCAGCUAUAGUUGCGCUGCUACCUUGCCCAGCUCCCGGCCAUCGAAAAGCGCCGACCUCCCAAAGACAUUUGGCAGCCGCGGCACGCCAUUGCAGCACGUCGCAGCGGCCGUAAACGCGGCACGCCAUCGCAGCACGCCGCGGCGACCGUAAACGAUGGCCGGUAUGGACGACUGGUCCCCCGUCGAGACGACGCUGGACGAACCCGUCUCCGAAACGAUCCGGAGGGAUCUGCGGGAAGUCGGCGCGAAACUGAAACUGGUCCUGCUCCCGCGCGCGUCGCAGCAUGGGGUAUUGGACCGCCUGAAGGAGUGGGACCUGUGGGGGCCGCUGGCCGUGUGUUUGACGUUAUCAAUAGCCCUGUCAGCGGGCGCGCCGGAGUCGCAGCGCGCACUGGUCUUCGCCGCGGUGUUCGUCGUCGUCUGGGCGGGCGCCGCGAUCGUCACGCUAAACGCGCAACUGCUCGGCGGCCGCAUCAGCUUCUUCCAGAGCGUGUGUGUGCUGGGCUACUCGAUCUUUCCCCUGGACUGCGGCGCGUUCGCCUGUUUAUUGCUCCACGCGCUCACGAGAAGUUUCCUCCUGCGACUCGCGGUCGUAGGGACGUGCUUCGCCUGGUCGACGCGCGUGUCAGUCGUCUUCUUCAGCGAGAUCAUCGAGGCGAAGCGGCGCGCGCUGGCCAUCUACCCCGUCUUCGGCUUCUACGCGUUCCUCGCGUGGAUGAUCCUCAUCAUGGGGAACUAGUGAUUAGACAUAAGUCGAGCUUACGGAGC